AAGAGAAUUUCGAACAGUGUACUUGCGAAAAGAAGAAGUUUAUCUCUUCCAUCUGACUUGCUCGAUAAACACAUCACGAGUUCUAAGCGAUGGUUCGCUCCCUGAUUGCGCAGGAUUUAUUACGUGCUUAUCUUCUCAUUGUGCUCCGACGCAUCACCGCCGGUUUCCUCCUUUUCUGCGCCAUACUGUGCGUCACGAUUGCGCAAUAUUGCACGGAGGAAAGGCUCGAUGUAGUUUGCGACGAGAGACAGUCCGAGUUGCAUUUGGAGCUGGUCCAAGUGUUAAUGAGACAUGGACAACGAACGCCCCUGUUGAAAGAAUUCUACCCUAAGGACAUAUACAACGAGUCGAGUUAUGAGCCGUGGGGUAUCAGUCAAUUGACUAACGAUGGGAAGAUGACGGAGUAUCGUAUUGGGACAAUGUUGCGGAGACGCUACGACGCUUUUCUAGGACCGCUCUAUCAUCCGCGAGACGUCUACGCUAUCAGCACGGACUUGGAUCGCACGAAGAUGUCUUUGCAAUUAGCAUUGGCAGGGCUGUACCCUCCGCAGGGAAAUCAACAAUGGAAUCCAGACUUGAAUUGGUUCGGCAUUCCUACGAACUACAUGCCGGGGAAAGUGGACUUGAUGAGAUCAUCAUGUCCAUCAUAUGCAGCAGCUUUAGAAGAGGUGAAAAAUACGAAUGAAAUUCGUGACAAAGUCGCAUUUUACCACGAUUUCUUCAAGUUUUUAAGCAGAAAAACUGGAUUGACUAUCACGGAGCCCAUGCAAGUUUAUGAGCUCUAUAACGGAUUAACGGCGCAGAAAAGCAUGAAUCUUACUUUGCCGGAGUGGUGCACCGACGAGGUAUAUCGGAUGAUGCAGGAGCUCGUGCUCCUGGAAUAUGACAUUCGUUCAUAUACGACCCAACUGAAGCGACUAAACGGAGGCUUCCUCGUGAAGAAGUUUAUCGACAACAUGAACCCGAAAAUCAAGCAUGAUGUUAAGCGCAAAAUAUACAUUUACAGCGGCCAUGAAGUAAAUAUCGCUGCGUUUGCUAAAGCUCAUAACAUAACUGAUAAUGAGACAUUACCGGACUUCGGAUCAACGUUCGUCGUCGAGAAACUACGAGAUGAACACUUCAAUUUCUACGUCAGGAUAUUCUAUUGGACUGGCAUCACGCAAAAACUCCUCCUCAUGAAAUUGAAGCACUGCGACGACGUUUGUCCUAUGGACAUUUAUUUGGAGCUCAUGCGUGAUGUGAUACCGUCGGACGAGGAGGCGACUUGCUUGUGGAACAAUAUUACCAAGGAGGAAUUGGUGCAACUUUAUUCCGACAAAUUGGAAUUGAAUUAAAUAUUUAUCAUACUGUUAUAUUUGUGACGCUAUGAAUAUUUAACACAGCGGAAAACAAAAAAAUAACGCGUCGAUGAACAUUGAUCUAACUUUAUUUCUUACUUCCUACAACGUGGGCUUUAUAUCAUCUUCUACUUGAAGAGAUAGUAUCAGCUUCGAGAAAUUUCUUUUAUCUCAAGUGUAAAGUUUUCUAAUCAGUACUAAAUAUUUUUGAUUACAUUUGAUUCGCAUACUGUCGCUGAGAGGAUUUUCACAUACUCACGCACAUAUAAA